AGUCAGUAGGAUUGCAGUUGUGGAAGAAGAAAGAUAUGUGUCGUCGUGUCCCUGUCGCGUGUGUGGUACUAUCGAAUAUUUGAUGAUGAAUGAGUUAUUCUAUAUGAUCGAAUGAUUUAACGAAAGCAGAAUUGUGCUUGACGAUUAAGGAAAACGGAGGAGUGUGAAAAACGUGGAAUAUUGGAGUUUGAGUACACAGCAUGGCGAGAAGGGCAGCGGGGAAGUUUGGAGGUGGCGAGCGGGUAACUGCCGCUGCCUCUUCUUCCCCUUACGUUAGCUGUUGCAGACUGCUCUUCCUUUUAGUGUUGUUGAUUUCAGUCUGUAGUGCACAAAUUCCUCCGGUUGGAGGGGGCGCUGGAGGUAUUCCCAUCGAAGGAGGAAUUCGCCUGGGAGGAGGGCAUGGCCGUGUGGAACAUAUUUCUGACCACGACCUCUUACCGCGGCAUAAUCGGUGUGAACCCAUUACCAUCACUUUGUGCAAAGACCUCCAGUAUAACACCACCAUCAUGCCCAACCUUCUGAAACAUCAUACCCAGGAAGAGGCUGGCAUGGAAGUCCAUCAGUUUUUUCCCUUAGUCAAAGUGAAGUGUUCGGGCGACCUACAGUUUUUCUUGUGCAGUGUUUACGUCCCUGUGUGCACAAUCAUGGAAAGGCCUUUACCUCCUUGCCGACACUUGUGUCUCUCUGCCAAAGAUGGAUGUGAAGAUCUCAUGAACAAGUUUGGUUUCCAGUGGCCUGAAUCCCUCGAUUGCAACAAGUUCCCGGCAGGACCCCACGAAGAACUUUGCGUAGGAGAGAAUAACACCGCCCCCCAUGACCCUCCCCCUUCUUUCCCUGAGCCUAGACCUCCUGUAGGGGGAACACAAUAUGCUGGAAAGGCUUUUCAGUGCCCUGCCCACUUCAAAGUGCCCAAGAGACUCGAGUACAAAUUGAGAGUAGGAACCGUAGAGGCGCCCGACUGCGGUGCCCCUUGCAAUGGCAUGUUCUUUAAUGAGGAGGAACUCAACUUUUCAAGAAACUGGGUAGGCGGAUGGGCUGCAGUUUGCUUGGCUUCAACCACCUUCACCAUCGCAUCAUUUUUGGCAGAUGUCCGCCGCUUUCGGUACCCCGAGCGCCCGAUCAUCUUCAUCAGCAUGUGUUACUGGUUUAUCGCUGCCACCUACGUGGUGGGGCUCUUCCAGGGCGACAAAAUCGCCUGCGACGAGCCCUGGGAACCUCCGCAGUAUUUGCCCGAACUGAGGGAGCACAUGGUGAGGACCAUCACCCAGGGGGUGGACAGGGAAUGGUGCACCAUCGUCUUCAUGACCCUCUACUUCUUUUCGAUGGCUGCCUCGAUCUGGUGGGUGGUGCUCACCCUCACCUGGUUCUUAGCUGCAGGUCUCAAGUGGAGCCACGAAGCCAUUGAGAACAACAGUGCCUGGUUUCAUCUGGCCGCAUGGGCCAUCCCCGCUGUCAAGACCAUCGUCAUUUUGGCCACCGAAAAUGUUGAAGGUGACGUGAUGACGGGGGUGUGUUUCGUGGGCCUGUGGAACGUGCGAGCGCUUCAGGGAUUCGUAUUGGCACCGUUGUUCUUCUACUUGGUCAUGGGGACUAUCUUCCUCCUGACAGGUUUCGUCUCUCUCUUCCGCAUCAGGACCAUCAUGAAGCACGACGGCACCAAGACAGACAAGCUUGAGAGGUUCAUGGUGCGCAUCGGAGUGUUCAGCGUCCUGUACACUGUGCCAGCGACCGUGCUGGUGGCUUGUCUCUUCUACGAACAGGCCUAUCACGACGAGUGGAUGGUGGCGUGGCAGAGGGACAAGUGCCAGAUCCGCGAUGAGCCCUGGGUCUCCUACACCAUCAACUGUCCUCCCAAUGUCGAUCACGACACUCCCCUGUCCAAGCCCGACUUUAUUUUCUUCAUGAUCAAGUACCUGAGCACCCUGGUGGUGGGCAUCACUUCCGGCUUCUGGGUCUGGUCUGGUAAGACGCUGGCUGUCUGGAAGAACUGCUACAACCGAUGCUUCGGACGACGCACUGAAAGCUACGUGUGACAAUCCGCCCCCGCCUGGCCUAAUAAUGCUCACGCCCUAACGCAGGGGGGCGCAUCUGCUCCUUUAACCCCUCAGCCUCCUCCAUCCACUGCCACAACUACAGCCGUAGCUCGGCUGUUGCCUGAAGAGGCUGUGCCCUUCAGACCCACGCACACUCCUGAGGAGACUAACUUCUAAUGGAGUCAGGUUUCCUGAAGGAGGGAGGAGGAUCUUCAGGGAUUGGGGCGAGUGGAUACGAACGAACACUUCCUUGGAGAAGAGGAAGGGACAAGUACACUAUCUGCACUUAGAAGUCUAUUACAACACCAGUAAUUAUAAUAGUCAAAAUAAUACAGAGUAAAAGAAGAGUACUAGCAAUGUACGAUAGCACUUAUUCAGAUGUGUUUUGUAUUGUUGCCAAUGGCCAAUGUUUUUGUAAAGUUGCCAGGUAACACUUUAUCUGUUAAUUAUAAAAGGAACAGGUGCAGGUUGUGCAUGUUCAGUAUCCAAUUUGAGCUGCUUUAGAUCUUUCAUAGAAGGAAAUUCUAUUUUAAUGUAACAUUUCAAAUCGAAACUUGAAUAAAGGUCUUUUAAGCCAGGCGGGAAAUUAUAUAUAAAUAAAUAUAUCUAUUAACAAUGACGGAGUUUAGUUUUACCGCAAUAAACUUUGUACUUCCUAUGAUAGGAGGAUAUUUAUUUUAGUUCUUGUCCUUAUGCAUUUCUAGUUUUUUGUUGACUACUGGUGCAUCUUUUGGUGCAAUGUGAAUCUCCCGAUCAGGGAUCGUAUGUAUCAGUGAAAAUGUAUUGGAAAUGUAUAUCUGGAAAAAAAAGGGGUCGAGUGAAUAAUAAUAGUAGUUUCAUAACAAAAAGCUUCCAUAUUUUUAAUAUUGUACUUAAAACACACCUGUAACUGCCAUGUAAUGAGUACCAUUCAGCUGACAAUCUUCAGACAAUCUUGUUGGGAAAACCCACAGUAAGCAAUAAAAUUUAUCACAUUCAAGUAAUGAACAAAUUAAAGGUACAUACGAUACUUUUGGCGGGGAGAGAGAACCUAUGACACCCAACUAGUCGUCACCCCCCCCCCCAGUCC